CCUGUGAACACAAACGCAAACCACAUAAUAACAAAGUGAGCUCACACUCACGAAGUGAGAAGGAACCAAAAAGAUGAAAAUGCAAUCUUUGUCCUUCUUCAUCACAUUUCUCCUCCUCCUCCUCCACAACCUUCCAAUCUUAUCUGCCGACUCGGCAGAUCCCCCAGUGACUGAAUCCAAUGCGACAGAGUUCAUACGGACAAGCUGCAGCCAAACCCGUAAUCCUGAUGUCUGUUGUGCCAUGCUUAUCGGCUAUGCUAAUGCCAUCCAGAAUGACCCGACCCAACUGGCCUUGACGGCCAUAUCCGUGAGCCUAUCCCAUGUCCAAGAUGUCGCAUCAUACAUAUCCAACCUCUCUCUCAGGGCCAACGAGACAAGCAACAAUGACCACCUGGAGAUGAGGCAGCUCCGGGGCGGCGAUCCGAGCAGCUAAGAGGCCUUCAGUUUCCAGAUAAGUAACAUGCAGACUUGGAUGAGCGCCGCCAUAACCGACGAGGAAACAUGUAUGGAAGGCUUCGAUGGGGUGGUUGACGGGCCUGUGAAGGCAGAGGUGUGCGAUCGGGCCACAAAUGUAAAGAAGGUGACGAGCAAUGCACUUGCAUUGGUGAAUGGUUAUGUCAAUAGUAAGAGUUGAAUGGAGAAUAGCUUGAAAAUAGGAUUCGUGCAGUGACAUCGUGUGCUCAAUCUAAGACUAAGAAAUUCACUAUCGAUUUUCAUUCGUGGUC